UAACUUUUGAGGAUUGAGACCAAAACCCAGCUUAAACCCACCGAGUGGGUUCGUCUUCCUUCUUCACCGGCAAGUUCUCACAAAUUAAUCGAGAGAUUCACGUCUCUGUGCUUCUGUGUGGUGACUUACAUUGUAAUGAACUGUCUGUCUCAUGCGCGUUCAUACAUUGCCUUGGGACUGCUUAAGAGAUCAAGCUAUGUCAGUUCUAUUCCGUGGAAUGAAUGUUUCUUCUAUAUGCCUUCAAAAUCAUGUUUAAAGCCUGUAGCUGUGAGUAGUGUGUUUGGAAUCUGUAGUGUUCAUUCUUAUUCCUCAAGAUCAAAGGCUGUUAAAUCAAAGAUGUUAUCAUCAACCGUUGUUUCGGCUGUGGAUAAAGAAAAGGACGCCUUUUUCGUUGUUCGGAAGGGUGAUGUUAUUGGAAUUUAUAAGGAUUUGAGUGAUUGUCAGGCUCAAGUUGGAUCUUCGGUGUUUGAUCUUCCGGUUAGUGUUUAUAAGGGAUACUCUUUGCCUAAAGACACUGAGGAAUAUCUCUCUUCUGUUGGGUUGAAGAAACCACUAUAUAGUUUAAGAGCUUCAGAUUUGAAAGAUGAUAUGUUUGGUGCUCUUACACCAUGUCUUUUCCAGGAGCCAGCUCCUUGUACAGUCAAAGUAUCUGAAGAUGAGACUACCUCAGAGACGAAGUCAAAAGAUGACAAAAAAGAUCAACUUCCUUCAGCUUCUAUAUCUUAUGAUCCUUUGGAAAAGCUUUCAAAGGUGGAGCCAUCUGCUUAUAUAUCAGACGAAACUUGCUUUAUCGAGUUUGACGGUGCAUCAAAGGGAAAUCCCGGUCUCUCCGGCGCAGCAGCGGUACUGAAAACUGAGGACGGGAGCUUGAUUUGUAGAGUGCGUCAAGGUUUGGGAAUUGCCACAAACAAUGCAGCAGAAUACCAUGCGUUAAUCCUAGGAUUGAAGUAUGCUAUUGAGAAAGGUUACAAGAAUAUUAAAGUGAAAGGUGACUCCAAGCUGGUCUGUAUGCAGAUUAAAGGUCAAUGGAAGGUAAACCAUGAGGUACUCGCAAAGCUCCACAAGGAAGCAAAACUACUUUGCAACAAAUGUGUCUCUUUUGAGAUCAGUCAUGUACUAAGGAAUUUAAAUGCUGAUGCGGAUGAGCAGGCAAACUUGGCUGUCCGUCUUCCCGAAGGAGAAGUUGAGGUGGCGUGAAGGCUAAUUAUCGAUGAACUAAUAUAAAGAUCCGGAGUUACACACUAGCGACUAGCCACUAGAAACUGGUGAAGAACCAGAAUGAGCACAGAGAAUUCUCUGUCAGAUCUCACAGAGAACAGCAGAAACUGACUCAUCAUUUGUCUUCUCUUUACUUCAGAUGAUAUUUUGCCGGCGUUCUAACGUUUUAUUUUGCUUUGCUCUUACACUAGAACAGUUAUAUUGAAAAAUUCUUUUGUACCAUUAGGAAGUGAAUAACAUGCGCUUCCGUCAGCGCGUGAAAUUUUAUAUCGAAACAGUCGUGGGCUUUGAUUUCUGUCAAUUAGGCCCAAUAGAUGAUAAAAU